GCAGAUUGUGGCUGCCUUACGUUCACUUUUUGAACUGGAUUUCUUUUCAGUUAGUUUAGUUAGUGUUGGGAAACGUUGGAAGUCGUGUUGUUCGAAAGUGCGAUCGUGACGAGGAAAUUUUUCAAGUUUAUAUAGUUUUUAUUUUUAAAUAACUUUGCGUAUUGCGGCUUGGUCAUAUUUUAUAUAUUGACGACAAAAAUAUAAGCGGAAUCAUCAUGAAGUGGAGCUUACUGAUCGUUUUGGGAUUAUUUGCCCUAACCACUCAGGUUAAAUCUGAGGAGGAUGAUUUAUCAUUGAAUUUUGAUGAUAUCGAAGACAUCAACGAGUCCGAUGAGAAACUUCUCAGGGAAUUGGAAGAAAAAAUGAUGGAAAAGGAUAUUGACCGUGAAAAGGAAAUUGCUUCUAAAUUUGUUGAAGACUCAAACAACGUACUCACCCCAAUUGUAGAAAUUGACCCAUGUGAGAAAAUGCACUGUGGAGCUGGACGUGUCUGCCACAGUACCGGAGAGGAGGCCGAGUGUAUUUGCAUUCAGGAUUGCCCCGAGGAAAAUGAUACCCGUCGUCAUGUAUGCACAAACAAAAAUGUUACCUGGCCAUCUGAUUGCUCUGUGUACCAAGAGCGUUGCUUCUGCGAUACUAAGGACGAGCGCUGCACUAACCCCUCUAACAGCCAUUUACAUAUUGACUACUAUGGUGCUUGCCAAGAAUUGCCAGGUUGCUCUGAAGAAGAAAAGAAGGACUUCCCUCGUCGUAUGCGUGACUGGCUCUUCAACGUUAUGCGUGACUUGGCCGAACGUGACGAAUUGACCGAACAUUACAUGCAAAUGCAAAUGGAAGCUGAAACUAACAUGACUCGUCGCUGGGCUAACGCUGCUGUUUGGAAAUGGUGUGAUUUGGAUGGUAACACUGAUCGUUCUGUAUCUCGGCACGAGUUGUUCCCCAUUCGUGCUCCACUUGUUAGUUUGGAACAUUGCAUUGCUCCAUUCUUGGAAUCGUGCGAUCAAAACAACGAUCACAGAGUAACAUUGGUUGAGUGGGGUAAUUGCUUGGAAUUGGAACCGGAUGAGCUUUAUGAAAGAUGUGAUGACAUCCAGAAGAGCAUUCCCCAUCUUUUGGGAUGAAAAUUAAAAAACAAUGACAAUACAAAUAAAUUGUAUUUUUAAGUUAUAAACAAAAACAUAUAACACGAAAUGAAAUUAAAGAGAAAUUAUUUCUUCUUUUUUUAUUUAACAACCAAAGCGGAAUGCUAGCCAUUUGUUUUCUUUUAAAAAUAAGUUUGUAAUUGUAUAGCUUUAAAAAAACAAUGAUAUGCACAACUUUAAGUUGUAUAUUUUAAGUUAUAAACAAAGAAUAAAACACGAAAUAAAAUUAAGGGAAUCUUUCUUUAAUUUUUAACAGCCAAAGUGGAAUGCUAAUUAUUUCUUUUUUUGUAUAAGUAAGUUUGUAAUUUUAUAGCUUUAAACAAUAAAUAUGAAUAAAAAGCUC